AUGGCUGCCGAACUCCCCUAUGGGCCACGGCCUUUGGUUAACGAAAUAACGACUCCAGUUAGCCUGGGCCUGCCUACGACACUGGCGUAUGACUUGAAGUACCUACACAAAGCCCUCAUGCUCUGCAAUGAUCGGGAGUCCUAUAAAGUCAGCGACGCCGCCAGUCUAAAGUCACUAGUGGCAAAGGUUAAGAGAAUUCUGGCUCGACUAAAGAAGGAAAAGGUCAUCACCGCCAAAGACCGGUAUACGGCAAAGUCCACAGAAACCGCUAUGGUAAGAUUCUACGCUCUCCCAAAAGUGCAUAAGCCAGAUGUUCUCCUCCGUCCAGCCGUCUCACUCCGAGGCAUACUUACAUACGGGCCUGUAAGCUGGCUAUUUCAGAAGCUAAGAUUCCUAACUGCAGACUCACAAACAACGGUUCACUCAGCAGAACAAUUCCUUGACAAAAUAAAAGCAGUACCGAUCGAACCGAAUGAGGGGAUAGUGUCUUUUGACGUCGUCUCACUCUUCACGCCCAUACCACAGAUCCUUGCGGUUGAAACGCUCAGCGACAUGCGACGUCAAAAUUACGACGGGGGCGAUGACCAGCCCACAGCUCAGGAUAUCAUAGAACUCAUACGGCACUGCCUCAAGACAUUCUUAACCUUCGAAGGGAUCACAUACGAGCAAAUCAAGGGCACUCCAAUGGGUUCACCAAUCUCUGGGCUCAUUGCCGAGACGGUUCUGCAAAAACUCGAGAGACGACUGUUCGAGGAGUACAAACCCUAG